AUGAAUUUUUCGGUGUUGUGCGUUUUAGGAGGAAGGCCUGAAAAAGGAAAAACCAUAUCUCCAAUUUCAGACAGCGAGAAGCUCUCCCUCUCUAGUCUCUACAGUCGCCGUCGCUCUCCCUUCUCUCUAGACCGCCAUCGUUCCUCUCUCUCCUCUCCACCCAGCUGGCCGUCGUCCCUCUCUCGCCUCUCCAACCAGUCGACCACCGGCGUUCCUCUCCACCCAGCAGACCACCGUCAUUUCAAGUCGCCGCCUCGUCCUCUUCUUUCGCCAAUGAAGCAGACAGCUUUGGAGAAUCAGGGGGUCGUCGUCAUCGCCUCGUUCUCGCCUCCUCGUCCUCGCCGCCGGUCUCCAAAAGAAGUUCCCUCCGUUGAAGGUACUGCUUCUUUCUCCUUCGAGCUUCGAUAUGUCUAG